CUAUAUUUGAGGAUCGUUUGAGACAAUUUGGUUCUUGGCUUACAGUGAAUGGAGAGUCCAUUUAUAGCAGUAAACCCUGGAAACAUCAAAAUGAUACCAUCAGUAAAAAUGUUUGUAUACCCAGAAAGACAAGGCAGUGUAUGCCAUAGUACUGGAUUGGCCACAAACCAAUCAACUAACUCUGGGAGCUGUUGAACCUAAAACUGUGGACACAAUCCAACUCUUGGGAUCAAAAGGCAAUUUAGAGUUUAAGGAGUCGAGCGGUUCCACUCUCGUUACGUUCCCUCAGCUCAACCCCGGGAGCCUUCUCUGGGCUUAUGUCCUCAAAAUUAAUACUAAAUAAAUAUUUUUCUUUCUAUUCUUAA